AUGGGUGGUGGCAACGAUUCACCGCAAGGAAACCAGACUGCUGAAACGCUAUCAGCCUCACAGACAGCAUCAAGUCCUUCCACGGACGAGGCACAUGAUAAGACUCUGGUUUCCGAGGCUGGACAAGACAUUCAAUCGGGUGGUGAGUCUGCUGGGUCCGUUGACUCGCAAAAAACACUUGAAGGCACGGAAACCCAGUUACCCGAAGCGUCAGGCAGCAUUGGACCACAAGCGUUACCAAAGGAGUACGAGGUUACUUUCGAAAAGAAUGCAGAAUUUAUGGAAAAUAUCAGGAAUGAGACGGCUAAAAAAUCACCGCUUGUAUGUUGUUCCGAGAGUAUCGAUAGGUUAUACGAAGAGUACCAGAACGGUAGCGAGGUGUAUCAACAAAAGAUCAUGGAUCGCACUCUUGGGCAGGAAGCACUCACCGUUCUGGCCUCCACAAAACCACUUCUCGAAUCGACUGGAUAUCAAUCACUCGUGUACGAAGAUUUCUAUGAUGUCUUCGAGGAACAAUUGAAGGCGAUCGUGGAAGGAGGACGAGAUGAGGACACUUUGCUGUCUGUCUUUCAGACAGAUGAAAUUUCCAAUCAACUCGUCUUGUAUCUUCGAUUUGUCACCGCCGGCUACCUGAAGAAACAUCGAGAAGAUUACGAGCCGUUCUUAGAAUUCGAUUACGGAAUGACGCAGUUUUGUAACAAAUACGUGGAAGCCAUGGACCAAGAAGCCGAUCACGUUCAUGUGAUCGCAUUAACAAAAGCUCUCAAGGUACCAGUAGAGAUUGCUUACAUGAGUGGUUCUAGUGCGAUGGAACAGGUGAAUUUUCACGAAUUUUAUCCCGAAGAGGAAUCAACCAAAGAACAUCCUUUACUAGAACCGUUGGUGUUAUUGUACAGACCUGGACAUUAUGAUAUUCUGUAUCGCGACGAAUAG